ACUUAAAUAAAUGCACUGUAAAACAAUAAAUAUAAUGUUUUUUUGAAAAAACAAUAAAUAUUAGAAAAAAAUCGGUUUUUUGAAAAUUCAGAUUACAGACAUGGGGAGACGUAAGUCACUUUGAUGACAUAAAUUCCGAUUCCUUGUAGUAAUAAAAUUUGCAUCAUCCCAAUCCAACAAAGUGGCGAAAAUUCCACUAUCUUUGCAGUGCAAUUAACCUCGCAAAAUUCGAAAAAUUGUUUCUUUAUUUUCGAAUUGAAUUCUUUAAUCUUUAUCUUCUUGGAAUUCUGUCCAGUAGCAUUAUUCCACAGAAAUGGCUCAAACAGUGGGAGACGCGCAGCCGAGUUCGCGAGCCAAGCCGACGAUACAGGUGCCGCCACGUGGCUCGGUGGGCUUCCUCUACGCAAACGGGUCGGGCCCUGGGUUCAGCCCGGGGCCGAUGACCCUGGUGUCUAGCUUCUUCCCGGAGCAGAGCCCGUUCUCCUUCUCUCAGCUCUUGGCCGGAGCCAUGGCGUCGCCGCUCGCCGCAAAGCCGGGGUUUCCCUCCGCCUAUGAUUCCUGGAAGGAUGGGAAAGAAAAGAGUAUUUGUGAUGCUGGGAGUAAUAGUGAGGCCGGAGUUGGGCGGAAGUGGGAUAGACCUGUGAAUUUGGUGGUACCGCCGCCGCCGCAGCUGCAGGUGGAGAGUAUGGGUAUGAGUCCUCUGUUCAUGGUGCCGCCUGGGCUUAGUCCGUCGGGAUUAAUGUCGCCGCUUCAGAGCCCCUUCGGUAUGUCCCACCAGCAAGCCCUGGCACACGUUACUGCUCAGGCGGCAUUGUCUCACUCUAUCAUGCAUAUGCAAGAAGAAUUUCAGCAUUCUUCAUCUGCAGAGGCCAUAGUAAACCAUUCUUCCUCAGCAAAGACGGAAGCUCUGACACAGCAGAAAAAUCCUUCGCCUCUUCAUCUUGAGAAUACAAAGAAAGAGCUGGCUGAAGUUUCCCAAUCUAGUAAAGCCGCUGCUGGUGAUAAACCGGCAAAUGAUGGUUACAACUGGAGAAAAUACGGGCAGAAGCAUGUCAAGGCAAGUGAAUGCCCUAGAAGCUACUACAAAUGUACCCAUCCAAAUUGUCCUGUCAAGAAGAAGGUCGAACGAUCUUUAAAUGGCCAUAUAUCUGAGAUUACGUAUAAAGGGCAGCACAACCACGAUCCUCCUAAACCCACUAAAAGGGAAAAAGAUAGUUCUGUUUUGGAUACAUCAACAAACUCCCAGGCCAAUUCUGUUCUCGCUUCUGAGGAUCAGACCGAAACUGAAAGGUUAAAUGAGAACCAAAAUUUUGCCACAACUUCUCAGCAGUCAUUUGAUCCUUAUGCAGUUGCUAAUCAUAAAAAAGAUGUUAAAGAGGCUGCAAUAGUAGUAGAUGAGGGUGAUGCUGAUGAACCAGCUGCCAAAAGAAGAAUCCUGGAUAUUGGUCAAUCUGUACCAGCUUCGUCGCAUCAAGCAGUUCCAGACUCGAAAAUUGUCUUGCAGACGAGAAGUGAAGUUGAUCUUCUAGAUGAUGGGUACAAAUGGAGAAAAUACGGGCAGAAAGUGGUAAAGGGGAAUCCUCAUCCAAGGAGUUACUACAGAUGUACGUAUGCAGGGUGUAAUGUACGUAAACAUGUGGAGAGGGCUUCAGCAGAUCCAAAAUCAGUGAUUACGACGUACGAGGGCAAGCAUAAUCAUGACAUCCCGAUAGGGAAGCAUGGCAGCAGCCAUGGAGCAGCGACUCAGCAUCCGAAAACACAGAAGGUGGCGGCGGUAUCAAAGGACAUUUCGGAAAUUGGUUAUGGGAACAAAGACCAAAUACCAACAACUUUACAGCUCAAAGAAGAACAAAUCGCAGCGUGAUAUGCCCAGCACGACUAUAUGUAGCUUUUGCAUCAUCUUCAACCCUGUUUAGUAGGAUGACGAAAGAAGAGUCGCGAUGCAGCAAGACCAAAUCUUCCCCUAUACUGUAAGAUACAUAAAAGUUAAUAGUUGUAUGUGGCUUGUAAUUUUGUACUUGUGUUCAAUAUUAAACAAGAAUGUGAUAAAUGUCAAUAAUAUUGGAUUGUGAGGGUUUAAUUAA